ACGACCGUUAUAAAUUUGUUGACGUAAACAUAAACUGAAAUAAGAAGCCAGCUACCAUUGCCGUUCUUUGUAUCGACAUUUUGAUAUAAGGAUCUCCUUGUGAAAAGAGUUUGAGAGAAGAAUUCUGUGAUUUUGUUAAUUAAUUGCGAUUAAUUGUACAAGUUAAACACACAAAAAAAAAUUUUUAGCAGGAUGCCUUACUACGGAGUAGCUAAUGGGCGUGCUAAUGGAGUUUAUGAUAAUUGGCAAGACUGCAAAGAUCAAGUACACGGAUAUUCUUAUAAUAAAUAUAAGAAGUUUGACACACCGGAUCAAGCUUGGGACUUCGUUGAUCAACAUUCUUCUUCAGGCGGAGAUCAGUUUGUUCAACAAUCUUCUAGUAGAAAAGCCAUAACUAGUGGAAAUAAUCAACAACUAGCAUUAAAGUAUAAUUCUGGAUUAGAAUCAAGAUCAUUUCAACGUACUGAUUAUGUGGAAGGACAAAAUGGUGUAAUUAUGCGUGAACGUACUUUUACUAGUGGUCGAAGUGGCAAUGGCUAUUUUGUUGAGAAACGUAUUCGAACUUAUUGGGAAAACUAAGUUGACAAAAGCUAAGCUUUUUUAUAUAUUAGUUUUAUAUAAUACAUUGUUACAGUAUAAUAUAUAUUACAUUAUAUUACACUAGUAUCACAUUAUUACCAGUACAAUGACAUAAACAAGUAUUUUCAAUAUAUAAAUUACGGUUUGUUGCACAUUCCAAGAUCGAAGUUAAAAAUAUAUUAUUUUUUUUUCUUAUUACUGUAAUAGUCUUUUCGUUGUAUGCAUGUAUAUGAUUAAUAAACAUUUGUCAUUACUGCUUCAUAAAAGAAUACACAAAAAUAAUUUAGAAAAUGAUAUAAAAACAUUUAUAUGUUGCUUUCUACAGUUCUAUGUAUUGUCUGCAUUUAAUAAAUGUUUCGAAAUAUUGAAGAUGUAUUUGUUUUAAACAAAUUGAAAUUUAACUCUGUGUGUUCUAGAUUAAGCGCAAGAUACAAACGCGAGUCGCGUAGAAUUGAUGACUAAUCACAAUUGAUCAAAUCAGAUAUUUUACUGCAUAUUCUGGUAUCAAAAAAACAGGUUUUUCAACAAAUGGUUUAUUAGAAGAAAAGAAAAACAACACCAUGUUCUCUGCUAUUAAAAGAUUAGCUGGUAAAUCUGAUAGCAUUAACAAUGUGUCCCCUAGACCAGCACAUCAAUCUAUGCCAACAAAUUUACAAAGAAAGUUCGCAAAGGGUGUGCAAUAUAACAUGAAAAUAAUAAUAAAAGGAGACAGGAAUGUAGGAAAGACAUGUUUAUUCCAUAGACUGCAGGGGCAAAAAUUUAUCGAAGAGUAUAUACCUACAGAAGAAAUACAGGUGGCUAGUAUACAAUGGAAUUACAAAGCCACCGAUGAUGUGGUCAAAGUUGAGGUGUGGGAUGUCGUAGAUCGCGGCAGACGUCGCCGGAAAUUGGAAGGUUUAAAAAUGGACAAUGCUCCAACCAGUGCUGAGAAUAUUAUUGAAGAACCUGCCUUGGAUGCUGAGUUUCUUGAUGUUUACAAAGGCACUAAUGGUGUUAUCAUUGUAAUGGACAUAACAAAAAGCUGGACGUUUGAUUAUAUUCAGCGAGAACUGCCAAAAAUACCAAGCCACAUACCCGUUAUCGUCCUUGGCAAUCACUGUGAUAUGUCCCAUCACAGAACUGUCACUGCAGAUCAUGUAACAUACUUCAUAGAUUCGCUACAUGAGAGAACCGCACAAGUAAGAUACGCAGAGUCGUCGAUGCGAAACGGUUUUGGUUUAAAACUGCUACACAAAUUUUUCAAUCUGCCGUUCUUGCAACUGCAACGCGAAACGUUGUUGAAGCAGCUAGAGACCAACGAAGAGGAGACACGUUUGACCACCCAGGAGCUUGAUCUUUUCCAGGAUAGCGACGAUGCUGACUAUAACAAAUUUCUGGACAAUCUUGUAAAUCGAAGAAGAGCCCUCGCUGAUUCAGUAUCUGCCAAUAAUCUAGUCUCUAAUGUUUCGUCGUCUAUUAAUAAUCAUCAUCUUGCGUCCCCUAACACGAAUAAUAUUAUCGGAGAAGUUAAAAGAUCGGUUUCAAUGCCUGGUCCGAUUGGCGGCGGAACUCCGAUACCAGUAAAAAAUUUGGAUAUAAAAUCAUCGUUAUCAAGAAAAGAAAGCUCGGUAUCGAGCACCUUAGAUAAUUUAUCUACUUCUAUAAAAACUUCGCAAAUCAUGACACCGCCUACUUCGCACAAUGCCACUGCGAAAAUAGAUGUGACUAAAUCGGUUGAAUUCGCCAACGACGGUGAGAAAAGAGAUCCGCUCAAUCGAUCGCAAUCACUGAUGUCCAAAAUCUUCGGUCAUAAGAAAGAAGACGAAACAGACGAAAAACUAGUAAAUAUAAAAAAUCUUAAUUUGAACACACCAUUAACUAGCGUUGAAGACUUUAUACCGGAUGAUGGAAUGCUGGAUAGAUCGUUUUUGGAGGAUAACAAUCAAGCUUCGCCACAAAAAAUGCAGCAAGAAGAAGUGGAUUCUGAAAGUGAUACGGAAACUGCGAAUCCUCUGGUAGCUGGUUACGAAGAUGAUUUAUCAUCUCUCGAAGAAGUAGCGUCUCCAACGCAACCAAAAUUAACAGAAAACCCGUUAUCCAAGCAGAAACAUAAACAAGAGCCACUCUCAGGUCCAGAAAUAAAUAUCGAGAAGCCGAGACAAGCCACGAAACGCGAUUCCAUUUCUUCCAUAGAGCAAGAACUGCAUAUUUCUAACACUUACGAGUCAAACGAGCAGCCGGACAUAAAUCCGGAUGCGUUCGAUAACUGGUUACGACGAGAUUCCAAGUGGCGGCAGAGUCCUGAGGGGGGUGAAGAUGUGAGCAGCACUAGUACGAGAAAAGAUAGAUUGGAAUUAAGCGAUAAAAGCUUGGACGUCAGUAUGACAAGUUCUAAUGUACACUUGGAGCUACUUGAUGAUACUAGUAUACGUCAUGUAAGCUCCAAUGCCAGUAGUCCGGUGAUGAAAGAGAGAAAAAAGCACAAAGAGAAGGAAGAUGACAAAGAAAAGAAAAAAAAGAAGAAGUCGAGAGACAAAGACAAGGAUAAAAAAAAGACUGGGAAGAUUGAAAAAAAGAAGAAAAGCUCGUCACAUCGGUCGAAAGACGAGAACAAACAGCGAGACGAACUCGAGGAAUUUCUUAAUGGCUCGGCCACAAGAAUUGGCGUUGACAUGGCCUAUGAAGCAAUUUAGCACUCAGGAAAGAUUAUUGAUAAAAAUGUUAAAAAAUUAUUUACACACAUCUUCCAAAAAGAGAUUUCGAUCGCUUAAAACCUUCUUUGAUUUCAAAUGUGUAUGUUGUAUUCUUGGAAGCAAAAAUAUGAAAUAAUUGAAGUUUAAUUGCGAGCAAAAAGAGUAAUUUGUUUCAAAGAUUGCGCUAUUAAUUUGUAAACAAAAUAUACUUUGUGCAAAAGCGAUUAAAUGUACGGUUUCAGAUCGUUUUGUUUGAAGUCUGUCUGUUGGUUCAAGUUUUCUGUUGCGAUAAAAAUUCGUGAAUCUUAUGGAUAUAAAACUAUGUUCGAACAGUCAAACGCUACAUUCAUUAGAGAUUGCAUUUUGGAUAUUUCACAAUUUCUAAGAAAUAUUUGCGAAAAUGCGAAUACAAAGAGUUUUUGUAUGAACGAGUAUAAAAUAUGACUUCUUUUUAUACAGUAUGACACAUGAAAUGUGACGAUUAUGUGAUGUGUUAUUAGUAAAUAGGAAAUAAUUUAUUAUAUUUUCAUUUUCUUUUUAUUUACAUUUAUUAAAUUUAUACUUAUCUACCUUAUUACUUUGUUUACGAAUUUUCCGUCUUUAGCUUGAGCCUGUCUGUUCAAUAUUUAAUUCCUUUAAAAAAAGUUAUUCAAUAUACACAAAAAUGUUGCGUUAUUGUUGUAUUUUCAUAUAAUAUUGUGUAGCAUAUGCAUGGUGCGAUACUUAAUUGUAGCUUCAUGUUAAUAAAUGUAUAUAAAAUAGUCUAAAAUACAGUCCAAAUUCUCUCUACAAU